AUGCCAUUCAAAACUUCAUCCGCCAGCAAUCCUGUGCCGACUCAAGCACGCGUUGAUGCUCUGAAAGCGAAAUAUGCAGCCGCUCAACAAGAGCAAGUCUUCACCUUCUAUGACUCGCUCUCGCCAGAAGAGCAAAUGGCCCUAUACGACCAACUUUCUAAAUUAGAUGUAGAUCGUGUUAACCGCAUUUACAAAAAGGCUGUUUCCAGUCUCGAAUCCACCACCAAUCUGAGCAUAUCUCCUCUUCCUAACGAUUGUUUCGAUUCGGUGUUGGACGCUACCGAAUCGAAACAAAAAGAAUGGGAAUCGAUCGGAUUGAAAUCGAUUUCCGAGAAUAAAGUUGCCGUGAUUUUGAUGGCUGGUGGACAAGGGACUAGACUGGGUUCAUCGGCACCUAAAGGCUGCUACGAUAUCGGAUUGCCAUCACAUAAAUCACUGUUCCAGCUACAGGCUGAAAGAAUUUUACGCUUACAAAAGAUUGCCAAAGACACUACUGGUACGCAAGAAAAGGUGGUUAUUCCCUGGUAUGUUAUGACGAGCGGGCCGACGAGGGCCGCGACAGAGGCAUUUUUUCAAAGUCACGGAUACUUUGGAUUGGAAAAAGAAAAUGUUAUUGUCUUUGAGCAAGGAAUACUUCCGGCUCUCACAGACGAUGGCAAAAUUUUCUUAGAAACCAAAUCCAAGAUCGCCGUGGCACCAGAUGGCAAUGGUGGUAUCUACGCUGCCCUUCGUAAUGAAAAUGUUCUUACCGACCUCACCUCUCGUGAUAUUCUUUACGUACACGCAUACUGCGUUGAUAACUGUCUUGUUCGCGUAGCAGAUCCUGUAUUUAUUGGUUAUAGUAUCUCGAAACAUGCUGACUGUGGUGCUAAAGUUGUCAGAAAGGCCUAUGCAGAAGAACCAGUUGGAGUGAUAGCGUUGAAAGAUGGUAAAUUCAAUGUAGUCGAGUAUAGUGAAUUUGAUCCUACUUUAGCGGCUUUGACUAAAGCUAACGGCCAAUUGGAAUAUGGGGCUGCAAAUAUUGCCAAUCAUUUCUAUACGGUGGAUUUUCUAAAAAGUGUCGAACGUUUUGAGGGUGAAUUGGAAUAUCACAUUGCUAGGAAGAAGAUCAAACAUGUUGAUUUAAAGACAGGAGAGCUGCAGUCACCAAUGAAACCAAAUGGUAUGAAGAUGGAAUUAUUUGUGUUCGACGUGUUUCCGUUCACGGAGCGUAUGUCUGUUUUAGAGGUUGAUCGCAAAGAGGAGUUUUCUCCAUUGAAGAAUGCACCAGGAACGGGAGUCGAUGAUCCGGAUACUAGUAGAAGGGAUAUUAUUAACCAGCAUGUGGGGUUCGUAGAGAGAGCAGGAGGCGAAGUUGUACCUGGAGCUGGAGAGACACAGGAUAAGUUGACUUUUGAGAUAAGUCCCUUGGUUAGUUACGCCGGUGAAGGAUUGGAGGAUUUGAAAGGAAAAACUAUCCGGACACCAGUAGUCAUUGAGACUGUGAGCGAUAUCGAGAAACUUGUUGCUUUAUAG